AUGGAUCCUAGGUUUUUUUUCGCAAUGACAGAAGUUUUAAACAAUAAAACUGAAAGUCCAAACAUUCAAAACUUUUCAUCUGCAAGUUUGCAAGAUGAUAACAACAAUACUGGUUUUGAUGAUUCAGAUAGAAAGCAAAAAAUAGUUUAUACAUCAGAUUUUUUAAAAAAAUUUGAUAAAAACAAAACAAAAGAAUUUUCACAAAAUAUAAUGCAACCACAACAACCAAUUGGUGCACCUCAUUUAGGUGGUGGUGAAUUAUUCAACAACAAUAUCGAUUUGGAAAAUAACCAAACACACGAAUAUAGAGGAAUUAUCCAAAGAUUAAAAUCAAUCAUUGUAAAUUCAAAAGAUGAUAAUUUAAUGAGUAUGAUGAGAAUGGUAUUCUCUGAAUCUAAUCUUGGUAAAUCAUUUUUAGUUGAUGAUUACAAUCAAAAAAGAAUACCAGAUAUUGGAGGACCAAUUCAAAAUUUUGUUUUUUUAGGAGAUGUUGAACCAUCACAAAUGUCACCUACACCAUUAAAUUCAUUUUUUUCAACACAUGCAGCAAAUUCUUCAAUUUCAGGAUCACUUCCACCAUUAAGAUCUCCAAGAAAGGUUGAAUCUGUUCCAUCAAUUCCAGUUUUACCAUUAUCAUCACAACAACAAACACAACAACAACAACAACCAAUUGGACAUCCAUCAUCAUCUUCUACACCAUCCUCAUUAAAUUCAUCUGGUGGUUCAAUAUCAACUUCAUCAUCUACCUCAUCACCAGCAACAUCUACUAAUACAACACCAAAUACACAAGCCCCAUUCAAAUCUCCAAGAAAAUUAAAUACAUCUGGUAGUGGAUUAACUUCAAUAAUCCCACCAGGUUUUUCAAACGAAUCUUCACCAAAUACAUCAAGCAAUAUUGUAUCUCCAUCAACUACAACCACCACACCAUUAUCAUCAACUUCACCAUCAACCACAACCACAACCACUACACCAACAUCAUUCCAACCAAGUGGAGGUAAAAUGAAAAAAUCACCAUCGAUGCCAGUAAUCGCCGGUAAAUUAAAUGGCGAAUCAUUAAAAUCACCAAAUAAACCAAACCUUGCUAGUAAUAAUAAUAAUAAUAAUAACAACUAUAGUAACAGUAAUAUAAGUUUUAGUAACAUUAAACCAAACAAUGGUAGUUUAAGUUCAUCUGCCAACUCAAUCUCCACUGGAUUACCAAAUUUAUCAGGUGGCAAAAUUAAUACCAACGUUUACUCUUCACUUGGUAACAUUGGAAGUGGAAUGAAUGGUUCUAGCACAAAGGAUGAUUCUGUUUCACCAACAAAGAAAUCAACCGACCAUCAACCAAGAAAACCAAUGACCAAAUCAGUAUCAAUGAGUUCAAUUGGAUUGAACAAUCAAGAUCCAAAGUGUACAAGUUUGGAAGAGAUCACUGGUCAAAUCUAUCAUCUUACCAAGUAUCAAGCUGGUUGUAGAUUCCUUCAAAAGAAAUUGGAAGAGAAACCAGACUCUGAACAUGUAACAUUGAUUUUCAACGAGGUAUUUGAUCAUUUGAACGAAUUGAUGAUCGAUCCAUAUGGUCAAUACUUGAUUCCACAAUUGAUGAAAUAUUGCGACAACAACCAAAGAAGACAAAUCGUCGACAAAAUCGCUCCAAGUGUAGAGACCUUUGCCUGUCAUGUCUAUGGUAUUCAUGGUAUUCAAAAGCUACUUCAAUACCUCUCACCCGAUCAAGUCGAAUCCAUCAUUGCCUCCAUCAAGGGUAAGGUAAUACAAUUAUCAAAGGAUAACAAGGGUAACUACUUGAUUCAAUCAUUUUUGAAACAAUUUUCACCAGAGGUCAAUCAAUUUGUUUGUGAUGCAAUCAUGGGUAAUAUUGAGGAGAUUUGUACCCAUAAAGUUGGCUGUACAGUCGUCAAUCGUUGUAUCGAUAAUGCCAAUCCUGAGCAACUAGAGAAAUUGGUCGAUAAAAUCACUGAACAUUCCCUCAAAUUGGUACAAGAUCAAUUUGGCAACUAUGUCGUUCAACAUCUCCUCUCAAAGAAUAAAGCUUACUCUUCAAAAUUGAUUGUCUCACUCAAAGAUAACAUUGCUGAAUUAUCCAUCCAAAAGUUUAGCUCCAAUGUCAUUGAAAAGUGUUUACAAUUGGCUGAUACUCCAACCUAUGAAUUGAUCAUCAAGGCUUUGACAGAAGCUGAUAUCCUCAGUUUGCUUCAAGAUAAAUAUGCCAACUUCGUGAUCCAAACCGCUUUGGACGUCAGUAAUGAUACUCAACACGCAAAACUUGUAAAAAUUAUUGUACCCUACAUUCAUCAAAUUAAGACUCCUUACGUAAUUCAUAUUCAAAAGAAGAUACUUCAAGUUUAA